GGACUGUCGUAGGUGUGCGCCAGAGUAGCCACGCUUUCUCUGCUGCCCUACAGAGCCGGACGUCAGCUGUGAAGGUUGUGGGUCCUGGAACUCCAGACAUGAGCGUAGGCUUCAUCGGGGCAGGGCAGCUAGCCUUUGCCCUAGCCAAGGGCUUCACAGCUGCAGGUGUUCUGGCUGCUCACAAGAUAAUGGCCAGCUCCCCAGACAUGGACCAAGCCACAGUCUCUGCCCUCCGGAAGAUAGGGGUGAACCUGACACCCCACAACAAGGAGACGGUGUGCCACAGCGAUGUGCUCUUCCUGGCUGUGAAGCCCCACAUCAUCCCCUUCAUCCUGGAUGAAAUUGGUGCUAACAUUGAGGACAGGCACAUUGUAGUGUCCUGUGCGGCAGGUGUCACCAUCAACUCCAUUGAAAAGAAACUGACAGCGUUCCAACCUGCUCCCAAAGUCAUCCGAUGCAUGACUAACACCCCGGUCGUGGUACGGGAGGGGGUUACUGUGUACGCCACGGGUACUCACGCUCAGGUGGAAGAUGGCAAGCUUGUGGAGCAGCUCAUGGGCAGCGUGGGCUUCUGCACAGAGGUGGAAGAAGAUCUGAUCGAUGCCGUCACGGGGCUCAGUGGCAGCGGCCCUGCCUAUGCUUUCACAGCCCUGGAUGCUCUGGCUGAUGGUGGUGUGAAAAUGGGGCUUCCAAGACGUCUGGCAGUCCGCCUUGGGGCCCAGGCCCUCCUGGGGGCAGCCAAGAUGCUACUAGAUUCAGAACAACAUCCGGGCCAGCUCAAGGACAAUGUCUGCUCUCCUGGUGGGGCCACCAUCCAUGCCUUGCAUGUGCUGGAGAGUGGGGGCUUUCGUUCCCUGCUUAUCAAUGCUGUGGAAGCCUCCUGUAUCCGCACACGGGAGCUGCAGACCAUGGCUGAUCAGGAAACCGUCUCCCCUGCUGCCAUAAAGAAGACUGUACUGGACAAGGUGAAGCUAGACUCCUCUGCUGGGGUCUCUCUGUCUUCUGGCCAUGUUAAGCCGAUGUCCUGAAAUCUGGUCCCAGCUGACAAGGAAUGACUUGUCUGCCAACCUUCCUCCUGUUCCCUACUUCCUUUCCUCCCCCCACCCUUUCCCUCCCCCUCCCCCUCCCCCUCCCCUUCCUUUCCUUUCCUUUUCUUUCCCUCCCCCUUCCCUCCUCUCCCCCUCCCUCUCCCCCCUCCCUCCCCUUCUCCUUCCUCUUCCCCUUCCUUUCCCUUCCUUUCCCUUCCUUAAAAGCAGGGUUUUGCAGUGUAGUCCAGGUUAGCUCUGAACUCUUCACCCCCCCACUCUAGUCUCCCAAGUGCUGGGAUUAUGGUUGAGGGUUAGCAUGCAUGCCAGGCCUUUUUUCUUCUAAGAUAGUGGCUUGAUGCUGCCCAGACACGACUCGAACUUACAGGCUCAGGGCAUACUCUGAUUUCAACUCCUGUAAGUGCACAACACCUGAGUGAUUCUGUUCUUCUCUUUCUUCUCUUCUUGCUUGAAGCUUCUGUCCUGGUGCUCUCAGACAACACAGAAUAUCCCCACAGCAGGCCCUUGCCCACAGCCAGGUCAGCUGGGAAGGGAACAUCACUUACAACUAGGGACCUCCAUUGAUACUCAAGUGCCAGCUGGAAACAGGGUGGGUGCUCAGUCCGCCACCUCUUCAGCUUCCCCUGGAGCUCAGGCCUGUGGGGGUCUUUAUCCUCCCUAGUUUUGGGGUCAGCUAGCUGGCUUAGCCACGGUCCCUUCCUGUGAUCCACUCACAGGGUUCCUUUCUGUGACAGCCAGCUAGUCCCAGACAAUCUGUACCUCCCUCCUUCUAGGGACUUAAUGCUUUACCAAUAAUCCCACUAGGCAUUUGGGAAAAGAACUUCUCAGGUAGCCGACGAAACUCCUGCAUGUUCCUCGACUCAACAAAUGCUGUUACUUCUCUUCCUGUACUUUCAGUUGAAUAAUUAAAAAAAAAAAAAAUCCCCCAAA